UGAACGCACCUCCCUCUUCCUGAGUGCCUGUCUACUUUCUGUCGAGCAGAGAUCCGGAGAAAGUCCGGAUCAGAGAGGGUCGGCACCCUGCAGCCCACAGCACCGGGACGAUCCAGCGACCGGAGCCCGUUAAAGAGGAGCGCAGAGACUGUGACGGACGGAGGUUGGUUCCGGUUCUGGUUCUGGUUUUAGAGCUCUCCCAGUCUCUCCUCUCCUCUGCAGCAUCCUGAGCAGGUCGAAGGAGAACAUGCCGAGUAAGAGGCAGCAGCUACGCCCCCGGCUCUGCAUGCUGGAGAAGGGCGAUAACGGCUACGGCUUCCACCUGCACGGAGAGAAAGGUAAAACCGGCCAGUUCAUCCGGUUGGUGGAGCCUGACAGCCCCGCGGAGAGCUCGGGGCUGCGUGCGGGGGACCGCCUCGUGUUCGUGAACGGGCAGGACGUGGAGCAAGAGAGCCACCAGCAGGUGGUGUCCCGGAUCAGAGCCACCAUGGGCCAGCUGGAGCUGAUUGUGGUGGACCCGGACACGGAGCAGCUGCUGAAGAAACACAACAUGAAGUGUCUGAAGGAGCAUGUCACAGAAGGAAUCCCAUUACCGCUGGAUGAUGACGAGGAGGAGGAGAUGGUGGAGGAGAUGUUGGAGGAGGGAGAGGGGGAGGUGGUGGUGGAGGAGGUGGAGGUGAACGGGACAGAGAUAGACGACGAGGGGGUGGAGAAGAAACAUGAGGAGGAGGAGGAGGAGGAGAUAGUGGAGGAGAUGGUGGAGGAGGUGAGAGAAGAGGAGGAGGAGGAGAGGGAGGAGGCACCCAGAGAGCCCACACCAAUCCCGGAGACUAACGGAGGAAUUCACGAACACGUGGAGAAAAAACUGAGCAUCGAGUCUGAGAAGGAGGAGAGCAGCGAGCUGCGGCCUCGUCUCUGUGUCAUCCAGCGAGGGUCUAACGGGUAUGGCUUCAACCUGCACAGCGAGCGGGCGCGGCCGGGUCAGUACAUCCGGGCCGUGGAUGAAGACUCUCCAGCAGAGCAGGCCGGCCUGCAGCCCAAAGACAGGAUAGUUCAGGUUAACGGUAUGUCAGUGGAAGGAAAGACGCAUUCAGAAGUCGUAGCCGCCAUCAAAUCCGGGGGGGCCGUGACCCGUCUGCUGGUGGUGGACCCCGACACAGACGCCUUCUUCAAGAGAUGCCGAGUGAUGCCAACCUCAGACCACCUGACAGGUCCACUACCUGAGCCGCUGGUUAACGGAGGGAUGGAGGAGAAGGUAAACGGUCGAGGAGCCAAAGAGGCGGAGAGAGACUCCAAACUGUCCGUCAGUCCGUCUCCAUCCAAUGCCUCGUCUAACGCCUCGCUCACAACCCCGCCCACAAACACCCCACCUGAGGGUUUGAUCACAGACGCCAUCCCCGCUCUGAACCUGUCGCUGCAGCAGGUCAAAGAGCUCGCUCAUCAGAAACGCUCCAACAAGAGAGCUCCGCCCAUGGACUGGACCAAGAAGAACGAGCUCUUCAGUAACCUAUAGGACACCUCAGACCCCCUCCUCCUCACCUAGACACCCCCUCUCUCAAUCACAAUCACGGUUUAUAGCCAUCAUACAUCAGAAAGACGUUUUUAUCGCCAUGACACUAAAACAGCUGUUUGAAUUUUGGACCAAAUGAAGCCAUUCUGUAAAAUAUAAUCCUCUGAAUAUUACUCCCUGAGUUAUUUUAACCCUGAUAUUUUACUGUUCAUGUAUAAUGUGAUACUAACAGAGAUGUGUAUGCCAAUGACUGAGAACUGGACCAUGUUUAAUGUAUGUUUGCAGAUUUGUGUCCUUACUGUGGAAAUGAAGAAUCCGCUCCUUCUUUAUCCCAAAAACUCAAACAUGUCAAACAACAAGAGGACGAGCUAAACCAGCCUGACAAUCAUUUCAUUACUUAGUUUGCCUCGUUGUUGUGGUUUUAAAGCCUUUAAAUUCUCUUCAGGUCAGUUAUUUCUUCUGCUGUAAUGGUUAGAUGUGUAAACAGACAUCCAGAAGGACUGUUUUACCUGCUGUUAUCUGGGAUCAUGAUAAAAAAUCCCUCACUACUUAAGGAUAAUAAAUCAGACAUUUAGAUUUAAAGAUGGCAGCAUUAAGAGAACUGCAGGCAUGGAUGUUCUCUGCUUCAGUAUGUCAGAGCCAUUUCUUAUAUUUUAAAAACAUUUAUAAUCCCUAAAACUCUCUCCUCUUUCUUAAAAUCUCUCCCUGUUGGCUUUAACUGGAAAUACCUGUGUAUUUAAAGGAUUCUCUUAUAUUGUAUAUAUAUCAUACGGCAUGUAUAUUUCUACUUUUGUCACCAAAUUCUCCCUAAAAUGAGUCCUGUGUGGCUUCAGUCCCUCCCUUUGUUACCCAAACAUUUUUAAACACACUAUCGUCUCUUAAAUGUGAAUUUUCUUUUAUUAUUACCAGUAAUUUAUACCGUCCUGACGCCGCCAUUGUCCCGUCUUUGAAUGGCUCUGGAGUUCCUCGAUUAUCAUACAGAAUAUUUUUACUGCUCCUGUGAGAUUUUUACACAUUUCUAUAAAUGUCUUAAAAGUUUUAUUGAGUAUCUUUGAGAUGAUGUAUUUCAUAAAAGAACGUCUGCGCUUCUCUAGAUUCGCUGCAUUUGUCUGAGAAUAUCUGUGAUGAGAUUUUCAAAAUAGAUGAAGUAUAUGAAAUGUUUUUUAGCUUGUGUAAGCUGUAAGAAGGAAGCGUUUUCUACACUGUAAUAAAAUCACCAUGACUAUA